UAUUAAUAAACCUAAAUACUAUUAAUAUGGACGCUAACGACUAUAAAAGCUUAGUACUGUACUAUGGAAGAACACGGUUUUAUAAUUCAAUGCAGAAAACGGCAUUGGACGGAUUAACCAAGUUUCCGUUGCAAUCAGACUUUAGAUUGUUCAAUGGUAUUGCGCUUGCCUUGGGAAAUCGAAUGCAGGAGUGUAUCCGUGAAUUGAACCCGUUAAAAAAUGAAUUGGAAUUAGGGUUGGCAGCCAAAAUGGCACUAAUCUACGCCCACAAACAUUGCCGCGUAAUAAAUAUGGAAGCAAUACAAGCACUUGAAAAUCGAAUAGCCGACGAAAACAAAACCAUCAGCACUUCUUCAUGUUAUUAUACAGCUGUCUUCUUAUACUUAGUUGGCAAUUUUGAUGUGGCCCUAGAUUAUAUCGGGAGGUCUAUGAAAAAUGAAGUCAAUUCUGAUGCAGCUCUGGUCCUGAAAAUAUGGUGCGAACUAUCUAUGUGUAUGGAUCUAUCUACCAAUCGGAAAUUGCACAGCUUGCUCGAAGGGUGUAUUUCCCGAAGCAACGGAAAGAAUAUUGAUGCAUCAUUAGCACUUGUGCGAUAUUUACAAAAGCGCCGACAAUUUGAAGAAGCCCUUUUAUUAAUCAAUAAGCUUAGCAUACGAUUUCCCGACACAAGCAUACCUCUUAUUGAGAAAAUGGAAACGCAUCUUGCUGCACUAGACUGGGAUAACUCGCUGGAAACUGCCAUUAAAGUGAUCAAUAUUGAGUCUGUGAACGUGGCAGCUCUGCGCAAUAAGGGCAUGUUGAAUAUCGUGCGAGAAAGCAAUUUCAAAUCUGGGAUAGCUACACUUCAACAGCUGCUAAUUUCUGUAGAGUAUUCUGAGCCCGGAAAUCUUAUACUUCUUGUUCAAAUAUGCCAACUAUUUUCUCGGAUCUGUUCAAGAAACUCAGAACUACUGGAAUUGACGCUGCGAUGUAUUGAAAAGGUCAAUGAAUUGAAUCCUGAUAAUGUGAGCCUUUUAGCCGAAUUAGGCUAUCAGAAAUUAUUACUAGACAAUAUUUCCGAUGCAGAACUAGCAUUUCGCUCGGCUUGUAACGUUGAUAGUAGCAACUUUAAUGCGCUUUGUGGCCUAACGUUGUGUAAAUUGAAAUCUCCUACAGAUUUUGAGAGUAGGCAACAAAUACAACAACAGUUAGCAUACCUCAUGAAGCUAACUGAUUUUAAACCUAAUGCAAUGGUUAUGUAUAUGUCCGCUUUGUUUGCCGAUCCAAAGGAGCAGAAGACGUCAGUGAACUUGUUGGCAGAAGCAGCUGAGCUACAUAUUCAAAAAUUAACUUAUCUGCCCUUUGGUUUUGAAUAUAUAUGCUCCAUGAAUCCUGAUUUUAUGCUUGAGAUAUGUAGGGAGCUGAUUCGACAGACUCCAGCUCCAAUAAAAGAAUCACGUUAUGACUUGGAUUUGGGUCAGGAAUCAGUGCAUAUUACCCUCAAGCACAGUGUAAACAUACUGGAAACCAUACUACAUUUAUGUCCCGGACAUCAAGAAGCCUUGUUUUUGCGAGCAACGGUUGAAUUUCUUUGUGGUCAACAUUCCAAAGCCAUAAGCCGUUUGCAGCGCAUUCUUAAUUUAUUUGGAGAUACAUUCACCGAAGCUCAUAUAUUAUUAGCUCAAAUAUUAGUGGAAAAAAGGCAAUACUUUAAAGCGUUAGAGUAUCUAGAUCUGUCUUUAUCACAGGAAUUUACAGUCCGAGAACGGCCCAUGUACCAUUUGUUAAAGGGUAUAAUACUUAAGCAUCAACAGAAGCUAUCAGAAGCUUAUCAGAGUUUUCUACUUGCGUUGCAAUUAUUUGGAGAAAUGUCGAAAGGUGUCCAGCAGAUUUAUAAAACGCGAACCUAUAAUAACAUAUCAAGUUCUCAUAAAAUGACUAUAUACAUAGAGUUAAUUUAUGUUCUUCGCGAGAUGGGUGAUGUACAUGGAAUUUACGAAAGUGAACGUAUUUUGCAGUCUGCCAUUGAAGAAUUUAGGAGCACAAGUGAAAUGGGCCGUUUAAUUAUUGCUCAUUCGCAGCUUAUGCUUGAAAAAUGUAAUGUUAGCGAAGCUAUAAAUCUCCUGUCGGCGAUCAAACCAGAUGAAUCAUACUAUACACAGCUUCGCAUCAGACAGAUUUUAGAAGAAUCAGAUCAGAAUCAAAACGUGGCAGACGACGAAUCGAAAUGGAAAACGUCGGAAAUCCAUUGCGCAACUAUGUGGUUCAAUGGACCGCCAUUUUUGUAUCUAGAAGAAUCGCAGUGGCCACACACGAAAACAGGCCCUGCAAUAAAUAUGUUGUACCAUUCUGAAGAACAAUUCAAUCACACGUCGUCCUGGAGAUGUUUCAUGCCGGAUCUGCAGCGCUUCAGCAAGCUGGAAAAACUGAGAGCCCUACAGCUAUGCGUACUGGUUUUCAUACGGAUUCAUGCGAUGAAGGCGAGGACAUAUUUGGCUAAUAUAUAUCUCCAUCACCAAAAAAAUCGGAACGCAUUCUCGACGUGCUUUAAGGAAUUAGUUGAAGUUCGACCGGAACCCAGAAGUUAUUUGAUGUUAGGGGAGGCGUAUCUGUCAAUCCAAGAGACGGACAUGGCAAUAGAAGCAUACCGAAAAGCCUGCAGUAUUUGUCCAUCUAAUGCAUUCCUGGCUAGAGAACUUGGGAGAUCGUACGUCAAAAGUCAUCAGUAUGCAAAUGCACUACAGUAUUACCACUCAGUAAUAAAAAAUCCUGGGUGUUCUGCUUUAAAAUUGGAUUUGGCAGAGUUAUUUUUGCAACUUAAGCAAUUUGAAAACGGAUCAAAUAUACUAGCUGCCGGCGAUUGUUGCAGCAUAAAUGAGGACAGUUUUACAGAACUGCAAUUAAAAACAAAGAUGCUUUUGCUACUGGCUCGCAUUCAUGAAAAGUCUGGGAAUAUUCCGGAAUCGUUAAAAACAUUACAAGACGCACGAGAUAAUCAAUAUCGCUUGCAUAAGCUUUAUUCUAGUGGCAAUUCAGAAAACCUUGACGAGCAGUCAAAAAUGUUAUCAAAGAUAUGUAUUUUAAUCGCCCAGCAGUCAAUUAAAUUGAAUGGCAGCGAACUAGCAAUCAAUCUUUUUGAGGAUUGCAUUAAAUACACUCCAAAUGAUCUUGAGACCUUAGCCGCUCUGGCACAGCUCCAAAUGGAUUCAAAGAAAAUGGACAUGUGUCGUAACACUUGCCAGCAAAUACUUCAAAUUGAUGGCAGCAACGAAUCAGCCUCUGUGUUAAUGGCAGACUUGUCUUUUAGAAAGAUGGAAUUUGAAAAAGCAGCGUACCAUUUUUCACAGCUGUUAUUAUCUCAGCCUUGCAAUUGGACAGCUUUGGCCCGUCUAAUUGAGGUUAUGAGGCGUUCUGGUACAUUGUCUGAGAGUGUUCCCUUUUUAGAACGUGCUGAACAUGCGACUUCACAGUCUAAACAUGCAUCAGGGUUUACCUAUUGCAAGGGUUUAUUCGAAUGGUAUGCUGGGAAUCUGAACUCCGCUUUACGAUACUUCAAUCUAUCUCGCAGGGAUCAUGUAUGGGGUCAAUUAGCUAAGCUCAAUAUGAUUGAAAUAUGCAUUAAUCCAGACGGUGAAAUACCCAAUGCAUAUGAUCUUUUUGAAGCCGGAGAUAUUGGCGAAUUUAGUGAAUCGCGUCUAAUUGCUUUGCGAACAGCCGAACGUUUGCUUAAAGAAAUGUGGUCUGGACCUGGGGAAAUCGUUGAAAACACCUUGAGCUGUCGAAUUUUUCGUAACUUUCUACUAAUUGCUUCGAAGCAAAAGCAUCAAAUUGAAUUAGCACUAAAGGAUCUUACUGAACUUAUACAAAAAGAACGAAACUCAUUCAUGGUAACUAUUUUGUAUGCAACUUCAUUGGCUUUAGUUCAGCUUAAGCAAAUCCAACGGGCAAAAAAUCAUCUUAAGCGGACAGCUCGAUUAAGUUGGAAUUAUGAGGAGGCCGAAUACUUGGAGCGAAGUUGGUUGUUGUUAGCCGAUAUUUAUAUUCAUGGCAAUAAAUUGGAUGUUGCCGGGACAUUUGUGGACCGGGUUUUGGAAUUUAAUAAAUCAAGCACAAGAGCUUAUGAACUAGCCGGAUACAUUGCAGAAAAGUUGCAAUCCUAUAGUGAUGCUGCCAAGCAAUACCAAAAAGCCUGGGACAGUUGUGGCCAUUCUAAGCCUCACAUUGGAUAUAAAUUAGCAUUUAAUAAUAUGAAGAAAAAACAGUUUGCUAACGCUGUUAAUGUUUGUCAACAAGUCUUAAAGCUACACCCAGACUAUAAUAUCAUUCGCAAAGAUAUCCUUGAAAAAUGUCGCAGUAACUUAAGAUCUUAAAUUCACAAAAAAUAAUUAAAUGGCUGAUCGAAUAAAAAUAAACGCAUCUUUAUUUAACCCAAA